AUGUUAAGCAAAAAUGUGGCAAUAGUCACCGGGGCAACGCGCGGGAUAGGAAGGGCCAUCGUAGAGCGAUUAUCGAAGGAAGGGAUGAGUUGUAUUAUGGUGGGCUCAAGGAUAGAAAGCUUCGAGCCUAUGUCUAAAAACCCGCCAACUCUUCUAAAUCAAGAGCAGUGGCAUCGUGGACUGGCAAUUGAUUUUGCACAAUGGCCUAAAUGGAUUGAUGAAAAUCAGUUUCGCGGGAUCCACUUUUCCGAAAAGAUGGAAUCUAAUGAACAUCAGGCGGUAACUGGGAGCUGGCCCUUAUUAAAACUGGAACCCGGGUACGAAUUAGCUCUGCUUGUGAAUGUUGCAGGAAUUACUCAGGCGUCUCCAUCAGUGUUGUGCAGUCCCUUGGAGAUGCAAAAAUUGAUGAAUAUUAAUUUCUUCAGUGCUGUGAGCAUGUGCAACGCAGCACUGCGAUCUAUGAUCCGGUCUCGCAAACGGCAAAGUCGUGCGCCGUGCAUCCUGAAUGUUUCCUCUGUCUUGGGGGAGUCCAGUGUCGAUCCCGUGGCUGGCACCUCCGUGUAUAGUGCGACCAAAGCUGCAUUGGCUCAAUAUUCGCGGGUUUUGGCUGCCGAGGUGGCUGGUACAGGCAUCAGAGUGCAUUGCGUCUCGCCUUCUCUAGUUCCUGACACAGACAUGAUCCAGAAUUUGAACGACCAGGCGCGAGAGAGGCUUUUCGCUCAUUUCGGUGACAAACCCGACACGCACAUUCAAACUAAAGACGAAAUCGCAGCAAAAGUAUGGCAACUUUAUGAGGAAUCAUGA